CUACUUUUCUAGACAGCGCGUCCUCGCACUCCCUGAUCGACCUCUUUGCGCUUCGGCUUGCGAGUGUAUAGCGCCGGGCGGCCCGGAUCCACUGUCUAGUAUUGACUGGCUGUCCAGACCGAAUUUCAGGUUAUUCAGAGUGUAUUCACAUCUAAGUCGGUGUGAUUCUAUUAGGUUCGACUUCUAAGUUUAUGUCGCCCAUCGUCCCUCCCAGAGUCAUCGGUGUCACCUCCAUCGCCAACUACGCGACCUCCUUGCGCUGCAUUGUGGAUGGCAAUUAUGGCGACCGAGCAACCCCAAGUUCUCCUAGCGGAUCAGAAGCCCGCCGAGUCUGCGCUGCCUGAAGACAUGAUGGUUGACGAGCCGGCGGCACAGAUAGUCAAUGGACAUCGCAAGUCGGACGAAGACGGGACCGAGCCUGACGUACCACCUGUUGUCAAUGGGAAGAUCGAGUUAUCUAAAUCUGCAUCGGCAGGGACAGAUGAGUCGCCGAAUCAAAAGGCAUUCGCUGCUAAUAGCAGUGUCCUCGAACAAGCACCAGUCAAAUCCUCUACGCAGCCUCCACCCGCAACCGCUGCUGACGCCGAGAUGCCCGACCUUAAUGGCACUUCACCUGCCAACCACGAGCCGUCGCUAACGACAGACGCGGAUGACGUCGGGGCGGCGGGCGCGUCAAUACCCACGCAAGCUAUCUUACCAGAAGAGGCAUCCACGAACCCAGAUCCGGCCCCGAACAGCCCGGCCCCCGCACUGGUUGCAGAUACAAUGGAUAUGGACGCCCCUAUUGAGCGCACCAGCCUAACGAACGAUGAGAAGCCAACUGGUGAUAUUCAUGACACGGCUGGUUUUAGCGAUGCGCCGAGGGCCGCGUCGCCCCAACAGCCCGAUCAGUCGUCGGUCGCACAGUCCGGGUCUGAUGGCCAGGGUCAGCAAAGCGACGCCGUGGCCCCCGCACCCGAUACUCCGAAAGCCGACCAGGUUGCCUCUGUAACAAAGAUCCCUCGCGGGCGUGAGGAAGACAGCGGCGAGGAACGAGCUGCUAAACGAGCCAAGACGGAGGAUUCGAGCGGGCCCGCUGCUGAAUCGCUGGUAGUCGCGAGCGUCUUAUCGCCUAGCCAAGCAGAUCACCAAGUCGCAGAUCAUACCCCCGAGGACCAACCCAUAACUCCCUUCCAGAAUAAGCAAAUCAGGCAGCAUCUAGCAAGCCUCAAGAAGACGAAGAAUGGGAGCAAUUUCAGGCAGUCAGUGGAGAGAUUAUGGCCGGGUCUGUGGACCGACUACAAAUCCAAGAUCGAAAACCCGGUGGACAUUUCCUUAUUCGAGUCAAAACUGCGCGAAGACAAGUACGCCAACUACGGAGAAUUCAAAGCUGAUGUUCAAUUGUUGUACGAGAAUUCGGUCGUAUUUAAUGGCCCUUCCAACGUUAUCACCGUAGCCGCUGGUAUGGUGAGAGAUCAGCUUUUUGCAUGCUUACCCGAAAUCUCCAAACUGGAGGAGCCCGCAAAGCCAGAAAAGGGCAAGGUGCAACCGACUAGGCAUGCUGAGCCUCGCGCUGCAACUCAGCCACGUCGGCAGUCGCAAUCCCAGCGCCCAGCGGUGGUGGCGAGCCCGAAGCAGAAAUCCGGUACCCCGGUGCAAUCUUCACAGCCGACCCCGGCUCCAUCUUCGGCACCAGCUUUUGCGAUCCCACCCAAUGGCAUACCUCAGAUUCGCCGCGAUUCGACGCGCGAGGAUAGCGACAGACCCAAGAGGCCAAUCCACCCCCCGAAGAGUCGCGACCUCGACUACGCCUCGGCAAACCGCAAAAAGUUAGAACCCGAGCAACGCUUCUUCGAGGUCGUCUUGGAAGAAGUGAAGAAACAAAAACAUUUUUCGUUGAACCAAUGGUUUCUCUCCCCCGUCGACCCGGUCGCCCUAAAUAUCCCGACUUAUUUCAGCGUCGUUAAGAAGCCGAUGGACCUUGGGACCAUGACGAAGAAAAAUUAUGAGGGCGAGUAUAAGAGUGUGAAGGACAUGGAGAAGGAUAUGAGACUAAUAGUCCACAAUGCCGAACUUUUCAACGGCCCCAGCCACGAGGUCACGGUACUCGCGAAGGAGCUAGACGCGCUAUUCAAAGCCGAACUGGGGAAGAGGGACCAGUGGAUGAAGCGUCAUGGGCCUCCGGAGGCACCACCCCCCUCGGCAACCGCAUCAGCACCUAGUCCGGAGCGAAGCAACCAUGAAUCCGAGGAGGAGGCCGAAGGGGGCGGCGAUGAGGGUGGGAGUAGUGAGGCAAUCCGCAACUUACAAGGUCGACUAGACGAGGAGCAGGACAAGCUCAAUACUCUUCUCGGAUCCAAAAAACCGGACCUUACGAUGAUCGAGAUUCAACAGCAGAUGGUCUCGAUGAUUCAACGCAAGCUUGUGGAAGAGAAGACUAAAUUCCAUAGCGAAGCGAAGAAGCCGAAGCCGAAGAAAAAGCCCGCCAAGAGCAAGCCCAAGGCUGGCGGGGGCGGCACGGCAGUUAUGAACAACAAGAAGGCAGCAACCGGAAGCGCUGCAGCCCCCAAGAAGCCCCUUAGCAACAGCACCAUUCACAAAAAGACGAGUACGAAGAGUCGUCCUGUCGGGCAGCUCGAGAAAGCCGUCAUUGCCGAAGGCAUCAACGAGCUUGACGGUAAUACAUUGACCAAGGCCGUCGAGAUUAUUAAGAGAGAUACGGGUCAGAAUGAAAAUGAUGACGGUGAAAUGGAACUAGACAUCGAUGCUUUGUCCACAGAAGCUCUUCGAAAGUUGUAUGACCUCAUUCACAAGGCCAAUCCGGGCAUUCGCUCUGUACUCGAAAAGAAACCCGAAUUCAGCAGUGUCGCGGAGCCCGAGCCCAAAUCGAAGCUCAGCGGCCCCCCCAAGGCCAAGAAGAAUAAGCCUAUGAACAAGCACGAGCAGGAACGGAAAAUCGAGCAGCUCCGCGAGCUCAAGGCCCAACUUCAACGACACGGCAGCGGCAGCCAAGAACCCUUACCCGGAGAAGUUGAAGAAAAACGACCGGCGGAAUCGAGCGAGGAAGAAAGCGAUUCUGAAGAGGAAUGAUGGUCUGGGACAGAGGUUCCGGCUCUAUGCCUCUUUGACGUUUCCUAACCAUUGCCCAUUCUGUUGGCGUGAUGGACCUCCAAGCCGCUUCCGUACGUUCUUGAUUUAGAUGCGUCCCGACGAGUAGGUAUAACCUUGAAGCCUUUCGCGGGGAAGGAGAGAUGAUGCCAACAAUGGUCCGGGCGAAAAGUUGUGUAUGAUUAUAAUCCCACCGCUUGCUGGGCAGCCUGGGGACCGAUCCUCUUGGUUGGGUUGGGCCCUCCCGCGGGGCUGGUUAAGUUGUUCGCAGAGAAUCCGGCCAUGAAGCAAAGGCUGUCGGCGGUAUGCUUAAGACACAUCCGGCUAGCAAAUCUGUUGACGCCGUACGAUUCCAGGAGAGGAGUAGAUCACGAAUUAAGAAGUGAAGUCAACCGUUUGGGACCUAUGGUUGCUGUGUAAUGAGUGGCCUCGUAGUCUCUACGUACAAUGUGAUGUCAGUGCAGUUGAGCCGUGGAACAUCGUCUACGGCCCUCGUUACCAUCUGUAGGGAGUUCCGCCCUAGCCCUUGUAUAGGAUUCAGGCUACACGCACUUUCCGGCUUGUACAGGUAUACAGGCUUACGCUAUGAACGAAUACCUUAGUAGAAUUGGCACUUUAAGUAGUAUGAACUACUAUCGCCGAAGAAGU